GGUGCAUUUGUUACGACAGAAAGUAGUUCUCAAAUCUUAUCUACGAAUUUGUUCAUUUUGUCAAUAUUUAUAUUAGAAAUAGUUCUGUAAAAUGAAGUAAUUGUAUAUUCUCGGCGAAUCUAUACAUCUAUAUACAUAAAUUCACAUGACUCAGGCGGAGGGAUAUCUAGGCAGUGGCUCCUGGCAGCUUAGUUCUUUUAGUCAACGGUAGUGUUCACGCGAAGUUUGUGGCGUAAGGUUUGUGCGUGUCUGUCGGCUUUUAGAAUUUGUGUGCACCAUGAGCUGGCAGGAUUACGUGGAUAAGCAAUUGCUGGCAUCCCGGUGUGUAACCAAAGCUGCAAUUGCUGGACAUGAUGGAAAUGUUUGGGCGAAAUCGGAGGGAUUCGAGGUUUCCAAAGAGGAGCUUGCAAAGCUGGCCCAGGGGUUUGAAAAGCAAGAUAUAUUGACAUCAUCUGGGGUUACGUUGGCUGGAAAUCGGUACAUCUACCUCUCUGGUACUGACAGAGUGAUUAGGGCCAAAUUGGGCAAAGUAGGAGUGCACUGCAUGAAGACGACACAAACUGUUGUUGUUUCACUAUAUGAAGAUCCUAUCCAACCCCAGCAAGCUGCUUCGGUAGUGGAAAAGCUAGGGGAUUACUUAGUGUCCUGUGGAUUCUAGAGAUAAUGUAUAGACUGUUCUUCUGUGGUGACAAAAGCAGAACUUCAGAGCAGAAAUGGUCGUUUUUCAAUACAGCGAACAGUAAUGUGCAUCAUGGUUCUGGCUAAUUCAGUUUGAGUUCUUACUCACGUGGUGAAAAUCUUGAACUGCAUUUUUCUUUGUCUCAAUACCUUGUGACCGGAUAUUUGUGGCAAGCAGUGCUUGGGUGAAUGUCUGCAAAUAAGGCAUUGAGAAUUUAACGGGCUCCUUUGUAUGUGAACUGUCUGGUUGGUUGAAUCCUCUCCAAGGUACACCUUGAUGUUUCCAUGUCCAAAUAAUGUUCUUCACCUUUUAUGAAGUAGGAAUCUACUGUACAGCCAAGUAGUUAUUUAUAUCAAGGUGUGCCUUGUAGAAGUUUAAGAUAAAAAACAAGAGAGUUUUGUAGCUGAUCCUAGUAUGCCCAUUGCAUUUGAUACCGAGUCAUUAGGGUUUUUUAUAAUCUCUAGUCCUGCUCUUUCUACCCUUCAUCUCCCCUUUCCUAGCUGUGUGAAAAAUUUUUCAUUGCAAAAACUUUAAAGACAUUGUUGGCUCUCCACCUCCUUCCUGCUUAGAACCCAAUGUAUUCAUUCCUUGUCUGUGUAAACCAAACCACAAUAAGUCAGACGCUUGGCUGAUGUAUAUUGGUGGAGCUCCGAAGAGGGCUGGUAUGAUGUGGACAUUUCGUCCUCUGCAUGCACUGUGAUGUGAUGUAAUUUUUUUACAAUGGUUUGCAGACUUUAAAUAUUGAAUGAAGGUUUUUACGCCAAGCUCAGUUUAGUGCUAUGUUGCCGAGGAUUCGUGACGUUUAAUUUUUACUACGGUCUAAUUUAAACAAUAAGUAGCUUUGUAAACAUUUGAAAAUAUAAAAAAACAAGACACAACGUCUAGCUAAACAAUUUGUAUAAAGUGUGGUGUAAUUUUGGGUUGAGUGGCUGAUAUUACUGCCUGUGGGAUCAUGAUUGCUCCCAGUACGAAAAGUGAAAACGGGGGAUAUAGGAUUAUUUUUGCAAUUUCAUGUUUUGUGUAAAGCAAUAGAAGGAAGCAGUUUCUGUGACUCGUUCUGUCUUAUUUUAUCCAAUUCUUCUGUCUGCAGCGUCAGUGAGUAUAAUUGGCUCUGCUCGAGCUUCGGCAUGUGAGCAGGCAAAGAGUAAUAAGUGUGCCAAUGUGACAUGCGAUCAGUUUUCUGCUGGGUUUAUACAUUUUGUAAUGCUAGUUUUACGACUGCUGUAAUUCCAAUAUUUUGCAUGAUUCUCAAAAUUGUACUGUUCCCCUUCAGGGCCCCCAAUAAAAAUUAUUAAAAACCAUUGUAUUCUUUGUUUUUUCAAGUUGAUAAUAGGGACCUGAAUUUUUGACAUGAGAUGCCAGUGAUGGCUGUGUAUUUAGGGAUAUUUGUGAGGAAAAAUCAUAGAAGCAGGAUGAUUCUUUUCCAGAGAAGGUAUCAUCCUUUUAAACUAUUCUUUCAGACAGCAUUUGUUUUAAUGUUCCUAUUUUGUUAUUCUAGUUGUUCUUGUAUAAUUCUUUUCAAUUUGAGCAGAAUUUUUAAGGAUGCAUUCUUGAGGGGUUGUUUACACACAAAACAAUUAUAUUAUCCUCUUAGAAUGCUUUUUCAGAAUUUCUUUGAUUCUGAAUGGGACAGGGCAGUCUUUUUAAAAGUUGAAAUUGAAAGGAGUUAACAGCAGUGUGUGCAUUUGCAUUUGUGGUGUGAUUAUUAGUGAAAAAAAGUUCAGAUCCCUACAUUUUAACUAUUUUGUUAUUCUAAAAGGUAUUGUAAUAAUUGAAUAUACAUUUGUAUGGAAUAAAUUUAUGUGCAGUGAAAUGGAA